GAUACCCAGUUGUUUUCUUUUCUCUGCUCACAUGCAGUGUCGUGGCCGCAGGCGCGGUCUUGAGAUGCAGAAGGACAGCGGUGAGCUUGUGGACCUGUACAUGUGGCAGAAAGUCUCUGCUAGUAACCGCAUCACUGGUGCCAAGAACCAUGCAUCCAUCCAGAUGAACAUGGUGGAGGCUGACAAGGUCGCAGGCAGGUUUAAUGGCCAGUUUAAAACGUAUGCUGUCUGCAAGGUCAUUUGCAGGAUGGGUGAGUCAGAUGUCUACAUUCUCUGA